AUGCGGGAUCCAGUGGCACAAAGCAAUGCCACACAAAUUGUCCAAAUUCUACGUUCCUUCCCACAAAUGAUGUUGAGAAGGACAACGUUCCCACCAUUUAUCCAUCCACGUCUGCAUCGCUUGUCCGAUGGCGAUCGAACGGGGUUGCCGGAGCCUUUGGCAAAUUGCAUGAGCAUUGCACAUCUUUUUGCCUCGCGCAAUGCGGAAACAAGCCCUUUUUUAUGGCGAGCCAUCGAGGCCGAGCAACAUCGCUUUCUUCAGAAUAUAGAAAGCGUUGAGAAAGAAGAACUGUUUGCUGCUAUUCAAGCCUACAUAAUCUAUCUGAUCAUGCGUAUUGUUGAUGACGAGGCUCAGAAUGUUGGAUCUGGAUUCCACAUGCUUCUUUCUUUCCACAAAUUACAUGAUCGAUUUAGACACCUCUGCAAUGAGGUGUUCUGUGAGGAAGAGCAGUGGGAUCCCUCUCCAAUCUGGGAAGAGUGGAUCUUUGCUGAAUCACGAAGAAGGGUGGCAUGCUUGUGGUUCCUAAUCGACCGGGUGGUGUGCGUGAAGACGGGACUACAUUGCAACGCAUCAGAAGGCUUCCGCGAACUAUCCUUGCCGUCGACAAAAUUUACCUGGGAUGCUAAUACACAGUGCUCGUGGCAGGCUGAGUACGAAAGCUGCCGCAUGAUGCGAGGAACCAGUAUGUCCCGACUUGGGGAGUUAAUAGACGCAAAGCAAGGAGACAAAGAUUCUUCAAAUGCGCGAAGACUGGAUGUCUGGAAUUCUGGAAUCGACACUCUGGGCACACUGCUGAACUUGGCCACUGCUUUUGUCUAA